CACACCACAAAGAUCGCAAUCAACAUUACAACAUCUUGAACAACCGAAAUCACUAAAUCCUUUACGCGAAUGUUAUUUAAACUUGGUCACAUGUUUUGUGUAAUGUUGUGUAAUGAGGAGGUUAGAUGAAUGAUGCUCUUUUCUUUGUUUUCAUCUGCACACAAAAACUGAACUUGUUGCAUAGAUUGAAAAGUUGUGAUAUUUACUUUGACGGUGCAAAGUGCUUUUUGCCACACAGCUAAAAAGAUGGAGGAUUAUUGGAGCAUGAUUUGUUCUGAGAAUGGACAAAAUCUUUUCAGUUAUGAUUUCAAGUUUUUGAAAGAUCCUUCUUCAUGCAUCAACCACUUGUUGCUCAUUUUCUUUGAUUUAUUCAUGUUAAUCAUGUUAUCAAUCAUAAUGUUCCUAAAGUCUUCUUCAAGACCCUUUCGGAGUACAGCAAGAUAUUCAAACUUGCAGCUAGUUUCUGCCAUAACCGAUGGCUCUAUUGGGUUGUUGCAUUUAUGCUUAGGAGUUUGGGUUUUAGAGGAGAAGUUAAGGAAAAACCACAAUGUCUUUCCUCUUAACUGGUUGUUACGAGAACUCUUUCAAGGACUCACAUGGUUGGUUGUAGGUUUAACCAUAAGUCUUCAGAUAAAACAACUCUCAAGAGUAUGGUUGUGGCUGUUUUCCAUUCUCAUGUUCUUUGUUUCUAGUAUAUUAUGUGUUCUAUCGAUGUCGUAUGCUAUUCGAAGCAGAGAACUGUCCCUCGCGGCGACUUUAGAUGUUAUAUCUUUUCCAGGAGCAAUCUUGCUGAUGUUAUGCACUUAUAAAGCAUCUAAAUGUGAAGAUACUGUCAGAGACACUACCGAAAGCCUUUAUGCUCCGUUAAAUGGUGAGUUUAACGAUGUUGUUCCUGAUAACAAUGUAACCUUAUUUGCGAAAGCUGGAUUCUUUAGUAAGAUAUCGUUUUGGUGGUUGAAUCCAUUGAUGAAAAAGGGACAAGAAAAAACACUUCAAGACGAGGAUAUUCCAACGUUACAAGAGUCUGAACGAGCAGAGAGUUGUUAUUUGUCGUUUGUAGAACAAGUAAACAGACAGGGAGAAAAUGAACCAUCAUCGCAUUCUUCGGUACUAUGGACAAUUGUUUUAUGCCACUGGAAAGAGAUCUUUAUGACAGGAUUCUUUGCUUUGAUCAAGGUACUUGCUGUGUCUUGUGGCCCUCUACUUCUGAAUGCCUUCAUAUUGGUUUCUGAGGGUAAUGAAAGCUUCAAAUAUGAAGGUUAUGUGUUGGUCAUAUCACUCUUCAUCAUGAAGAUCGUAGAAUCCCUAUCACAAAGACAAUGGUAUUUCCGAAGUAGAAUUGUUGGGAUGAAAGUUAGAUCGCUACUUACUGCAAGUAUUUAUAGAAAAACAUUACGGUUAUCUAAUUCUUCUAGAUUGAUUCACUCUAGCGGUGAGAUAAUGAAUUAUAUGACUGUGGAUGCUUAUAGAAUCGGAGAAUUUCCAUUUUGGUUUCACCAGACAUGGACAACAAUCCUCCAAUUGUGUAUUGCGUUAGUAAUUCUUUUCCGAGCAAUUGGACUAGCAACAAUAGCUUCAUUGGUGGUUAUAGUUCUCACCGUGCUUUGCAACACUCCAAUAGCAAAGUUACAACACAAGUUUCAGAGCGAACUUAUGGUGGCACAAGAUGAGAGAUUGAAGGCUAGUUCUGAGGCUCUCGUGAAUAUGAAAGUGCUAAAGCUAUACGCGUGGGAAAGCCGUUUUAAAAAUGCUAUAGAAAAGUUAAGAAAUGUGGAACUCAAAUUGAUAUCUGCAGUGCAAUCAAGUAAGGCGUACCUUCUCUUUCUAUUUUGGACCUCGCCGGUGUUGGUGUCUGCUGCUUCAUUUCUAGCAUGUUACUUCCUUGAAGUUCCUUUGCAUGCAAGUAAUGUUUUCACUUUUGUGGCAACUUUACGCCUGGUUCAAGAGCCCAUUACUGGUAUCCCGGAUGUACUUACGGUGAUCAUUCAAGCAAAAGUUGCAUUUGCUCGGGUUCGUAAUUUCCUUGAGGCACAAGAACUACAGGGUGCAAAUUUCAAGAGCAGGUGCUUUAAUGACAACCUCAAAGGCUCGGUUUUAAUAAAAUCAGCCGACUUUUCAUGGGAAGGUAAUGUAUCAAAGCCAACACUAAGACACAUAAAUUUGGACGUUAAACACGGGCAAAAAGUGGCUAUUUGCGGAGAAGUUGGCUCUGGAAAAUCAACUCUUUUAGCAACAAUUCUAGGAGAAGUUCCUAAUACAAAGGGAACUAUUGGUGUUUAUGGGAAGUUUGCAUAUGUUUCCCAAACAGCAUGGAUCCAAACAGGUACAAUACAAGAAAAUAUUUUGUUUGGAUCCGAGUUUGAUGAUCAAAGAUAUCAAGAAACACUUCAAAGGUCUUCAUUGGUGAAGGACCUUGAGUUGCUUCCCUUUGGAGACCUCACUGAAAUAGGUGAGAGAGGAGUUAAUUUAAGUGGAGGUCAGAAACAGCGAAUUCAACUAGCCCGAGCUCUUUAUGAGAACGCUGAUAUAUAUCUAUUGGACGAUCCGUUUAGUGCAGUUGAUGCACAUACUGCAAAAAAUUUAUUUAAUGAGUACAUCAUGGAAGGACUCAAAGGGAAAACUGUCCUACUUGUGACUCAUCAAGUUGAUUUUCUCCCAGCAUUUGAUUUUGUUUUGUUGAUGUCAGAUGGGGUAAUCCUAGAAGCUGGUCCAUUUCACUACCUAUUGACAAGAAGCCGAAAAUUCCAGGACCUUGUCAAUGCUCACAAGGAGACCGCAGGUUCAAACCAGCUUGUGAAUGUUACUAUUUCGAAGGAAUAUUCAACUUCUAGAAAGGUUACACGGACUUUCAUGGAAAAGCAGAUCAAAGAAACAAACGGAAAUCAAUUAAUUAAGCAAGAAGAAAGAGAGAAAGGAGACAUAGGAUUAAAGCCUUACUUACAAUAUAUGAAUCGGAUGAAAGGCUAUAUAUUCUUCUUUGUGGCUUCACUCGGUCACCUUAUGUUUAUGGUUUGUCAGAUAUUGCAAAACUCAUGGAUGGCUUCUAAUGUAGACAAUCCUCGUGUUAGCACGUUGCAGUUGAUUUUAGUUUAUUUCCUAAUUGGAGUUUCUUCGACCUUUUUCGCAUUGAUCAGAAGUCUAUAUGUAGUUGCUUUGGGACUUCAAUCUUCAAAACACUUUUUCCUACAGUUGAUGAACUCCCUCUUUCGUGCACCAAUGUCUUUCUAUGACUCUACACCAUUGGGAAGGAUACUAAGUAGGGUUUCAUCUGAUUUGAGCAUUAUGGAUCUUGACGUUCCAUUUAGCCUCACUUUUGUCGUGGGAUCGAAUAUAACUUUUUAUUCGAGUCUUACGGUUUUAGCUGUUGUCACUUGGCAAGUAUUGAUUGUAGCUAUACCAAUGGUUUACGUUACAAUUCGCUUGCAGAAAUACUACUUUGCCUCAGCAAAAGAAGUGAUGCGGAUGAGUGGCACAACGAAAUCCUACUUAGCUAACCAUGUAGCUGAAACUGUUGCAGGAGCUGUGACAAUAAGGGCUUUUCACGAGGAAGAUCGUUUUUUUGAGAAGAAUCUUGAUCUAAUUGACAUUAAUGCUAGUGCGUUUUUUAUUAGUUUUGCCUCAAAUGAGUGGUUGAUCCAACGGUUAGAAACAAUAAGCGCGGGUCUUCUUUCCUCUGCGGCGCUUUGCAUGGUUAUACUUCCACCAGGGACAUUCACUUCUGGAUUUAUUGGUAUGGCUCUAUCUUAUGGUCUUGCACUAAAUUCUUCCUUAGUAUUUUCGGUUCAAAGUCAAUGCACUAUUGCAAAUCAUAUAAUAUCAGUAGAGAGGCUAAACCAAUAUAUGCAUAUACAAAGUGAGGCCGAAGAAAUUGUAGAAGGAAAUCGCCCUCCUUUGAAUUGGCCAAUUGCAGGCAAAGUAGAAAUAAAUGACUUAAAGAUACGAUACAGGCCUGAUGGACCACUAGUACUUCAUGGGAUCACAUGCACAUUUGAAGCAGGUCACAAGAUUGGUAUUGUUGGCAGAACAGGAAGUGGGAAAUCUACUCUUAUUGGUGCUUUAUUUCGUCUAGUGGAACCAACCGGAGGAAAAGUUGUAGUUGAUGGCAUAGACAUAUCAUUGAUCGGCCUUCAUGAUUUAAGGUCGCGUUUUGGGAUUAUACCUCAAGAUCCUACCCUUUUUAACGGGACAGUAAGAUAUAACUUGGACCCUUUAUGUCAACACACCGAUCAAGAGAUAUGGGAUGUUCUUGGAAAGUGUCAAUUGCGAGAAGUAGUCCAAGAGAAAGACGAGGGCUUAAACUCCUCAGUUAUUGAAGAUGGAUCAAACUGGAGCAUGGGACAAAGACAGUUAUUCUGUUUGGGGCGUGCUCUUUUAAGGAGAAGUAGAAUUUUGGUACUGGACGAAGCAACAGCAUCAAUUGAUAAUUCAACUGAUUUGAUUCUACAGAAAACCAUUAGAACGGAGUUUGCAGAUUGUACGGUGAUCACAGUAGCACACAGGAUACCGACUGUGAUGGAUUGCACAAAGGUUCUUUCAAUAAGAGAUGGAAAAUUGGUGGAGUAUGAUGAUCCAAUGAGCUUGAUGAAGCGAGAAGAAUCUUUGUUCAGGAAACUUGUCCAAGAAUACUGGUCUCAUUUUCAGUCUGCAGAAUCACAUUGAUGUUAUCAGUGAUUUUUUUAUGCUAGCCUUAUUCUCUCUUGAUUAGCAAUAAGUCAAGAAACUUAGUCUAGAAAAAUUAAAAGAUCAACUUCAUAUGUUUAUGUUGUAUAGGAUAAGGCUUAAACAGUUUCAAGAGGUGUUAUAGGCGGCGGAUGGUGGAAUAUGGUCGACAUCCCAAAUACACAAUAUAAGCGUGCUAUUUCGGCCUACGAUGACCUCAUGGCGGGGAUCCCUUAAAAAAUUCCUAUAGAAGUUGUCAAAAAAUCUGCCAUGGCUGCCAUUAAUCAACACUAUAUUUGAGAUAUCCUCUACGGCAUGUUUCAUUCUACUAUGUGUGCACUUGCAUCAUUGUUUUUCCUAUAAAUAUAAGCAUGUAUCACCUCUCAUUUGCAUUUGUCAUGAUGAAGCCUCAUCAACUAUAGUUCAAUACUCUCAAACUCCUCAAAUAUUUGCUAUCUUCCCUCUUCAAUUCUAAUACCGAUAAACUUAUAUCUUUUGUUUGGAGGAUAGCUAUUUAGUACAAAAUGUAGUUAUAGUCUUA